AUGGACAGCAUGUCUGGUGCCGGUGCCGACGCGCGGGAGGCGGAGGGCGGAGAGGGUGAUGCGCGGGAGGCAGAGGGCGGAGAGGGUGCUGCCCCGGCCGGCGCGUUCAGCUUUAGCCCGGAGCCCACGCUGGAGGACAUCCGACAACUCCAUGCUGAGUUUGCUGCUGAAAGAGACUGGGAUCAGUUCCACCAACCUCGGAACCUCCUGUUGGCCCUGGUGGGGGAAGUAGGAGAGCUGGCAGAGAUCUUUCAAUGGAAGCCCGAUGAGCUUACACCCCAGAUGUGGCCUCACAAGUUGCAGGUAGCCCUUCAGGAGGAGCUUAGUGAUGUCCUCAUCUACCUGGUGGCACUGGCAGCCCGCUGCCGAGUGGAUCUGCCCAAAGCAGUGCUCGCUAAGAUGGAAACCAACCGGCAACGUUACCCAGCUCAUCUCGCCCGUGGUUCCGCCUGCAAGUAUACGGACUUGCCCCAUGGGGCUGCCUCCAAAGACCAGGUGAUGGAGUCUGCAGACCCUGCCCAUGAGUCCACCGACCAGGCUGACACCUAG